GCCUAAACCCCAGAAUCUUCUUCCCCCGAGUCUCCAACCUCGCGCCGCCGCCUCCCACGCCUCCCGCCAUGGCGAAAUCGUCGUCGGCCGCGGCGACCGCGUCUGCCACUAAGAAGCGGCGUUCUAGAGGUGGAGCUCUAACCCUAGAUGAGGUGAAGACGCUGGGCCGCGAGCUCCUCUCCUCGCGGGCCCACCUCAACCACGCCCCCGCCCUCCUCGCGCUCCUCUCCCCCUCCGCGCCGCUCGACCUCGCCCUCGAGGCGCUCAUCUCGCUCCAGUCCUUCUUCGUCCCGCUCAUCCCCUCUAUUCCAUCCGCCUCUGCGGCAGUCACCGCGGGGCAUGCGGGCAGCGACCCCGAGCUCGUGUUCGGGGCCUGGCUGCGUCAGCGGUUCGAUGAGCUCGUUGCCGCGCUGGUCGAGCUAAGCGUGUCGCCGCACAGCGAUGACGCGAUCAGGGAUGUAGCACUGGAUGCUCUCAUGGAUUUUGUGAAGCUGGGAAAGGACGGGAAGUUCCAGUCGGCAAUUUACCACAAGUUUCUCCAUGCUGUGGUUCAUGCUGCUGAUUCCGUUGAUCCUUUGUUAGAGUUGCUUGGAUCGAAGUACUUCAAAUACACUGAUGUUUGUUACUUUACUUACUCUAGCGCAGACAAGAUUGCCAACAGUCUGGGCAGUAAAACCACUGACUCUGGAAAGGAUGCCUUGCAGAAUGGAAGUGAUGGAUCAGAAAACAAAUGUGCUAUUUUUAUACACAAUAUAUACAAUCUCUUGGUUCGUGUUCCUGUGAUGGAUUAUCAAAAGGAAUCAACAUUUGAAAUGUGGAGUACUUUUGGUCUUUCAUCUAAAGGAGAAAAAGACUCUUCUAAGGACUCUUCUUCUUCUUACAUCAAGAAAAAACUAAAAUUGAAGUUCACCAAAGCAUGGCUGUCCUUUCUCAAGUUACCAUUACCACUUGAUGUGUACAAGGAGGUCCUUGCUUCAAUUCAUCAAAAUGUCAUUCCUUCAAUGUCAAACCCUGCCAUUUUAUGCGAUUUCUUGACUAGAUCAUAUGACAUUGGUGGUGUUAUCAGCGUGAUGGCCUUAAGUGGCCUUUUCAUUCUUAUGACACAACACGGUCUGGAAUAUCCAAAGUUCUAUGAAAAGCUUUAUGCACUACUGACUCCUGCUGUUUUUAUGGCAAAACACCGGUCAGUGUUCUUGCAACUUCUUGACACAUGCCUGAAAUCUUCUUAUCUUCCUGCAUAUCUUGCUGCUGCAUUUGCAAAAAGAUUGAGCAGACUUGCUCUUUCAGUUCCACCAGCUGGAGCUCUUAUUAUUAUUGCUUUAAUUCAUAAUCUGCUGCGGAGACAUCCCUCAAUUAAUUUUUUGGUCCAUUGGGAAGUGGAUGAAAAUGACAGCAAUGCAAGAGAAGCUAGUCAGCCUAAGAAGAUCGGUGCUGAUCCUUUCAACAAUGAUGAGGCAGACCCUGCAAAGUCUGGUGCAAUGCGAAGUUCUUUGUGGGAAAUAGACACGCUCCGGCAUCAUUACUCUCCUGCAGUUUCUAGAUUUGUUGCAUCACUUGAGGAGGAUCUCACUGUCAGGGCCAAAACUACUGAGAUGAAAAUAACGGACUUUAGUUCAGGCUCCUAUGCUACAGUUUUUAGAGAUGAGGUACGGCGACGGAUAAAACAGGUUCCCCUUGCAUUCUACAGAACCACACCAACUUCGUUAUUUCAAGGAUCAGAUUUUCCUGGAUGGACCUUCGGGGACCCAUCCAAUAGCACCGUAGCCACUAUGGUUGAAGGCAAUGAAACUAUCAAGACUGUAGGGGCUAGCGACAGCACACCGUCCAAAAGGUUGCGGGUGGAGGCCUCAUUCCGGGGCCUUCAGGGUGGUUCUCGUUCACACGGGCCACUGGUCCCUCACAUCUAUCUCGUGCCAUCCGAGAGGAAGCUACUGGCUGCUCCGGAGCCAACUGGCGCUGAAGGAUGGACUCCUAAAGAACACCCCAGUAAUCCUUUGGAAUCUGGACUAAACAUGAAGUCCAUGCUCCAUAUUUUGGGCAUUUUCAGUUGUCUGUGCUAUUGCACACUUGCGCAGAAUAUUUCUGUGGGACCUGAUGUUGUGAACAUUGGAGCUCUUUUCACAUUCGAUUCGAUUAUUGGGAGAGUUGCAAAGGUUGCCAUUGCUGCUGCAGUCAAUGACAUCAACAAUGAUUCACGUGUUCUCUCGGGCACAAAGCUGGUUGUUCAGAUGCAAGAUACCAAUUCCAGUGGCUUCAUUGGCAUUGUUCAAGCCUUGCAAUUCAUGGAGAAAGAUACAGUUGCAAUCAUCGGCCCCCAAUCUUCAGUGGUUGCGCAUGUCAUAUCCCAUGUUGCAAAUGAACUCCAAGUACCUUUGAUGUCUUUUGCUGCAACUGAUCCGACUCUCACAUCACUUCAGUAUCCUUUCUUUGUGCGUACUAUCCACAGUGAUCAAUUUCAAAUGGCUUCAGUUGCAGACUUAGUUUAUUACUAUGGGUGGAAGAUGGUGACAGCAGUAUAUAUUGAUGACGAUUAUGGAAGAAAUGGCAUAUCCACCUUAGGCGAUGAGCUUGCCAAGAGAAGAUUGAAGAUCUUGCAUAAAGCUGCAAUUAGGCCAGGAGCAAAGAAGAGUGAAAUAGCUGCUGUACUGGUCAAAGCUGCAAUGAUGGAGUCCCGGGUUUUUGUAUUGCAUGCAUAUGAUCACACUGGGCUUGACGUGUUCUCAUUAGCGUACAAUCUUACCAUGACAUCCGGUGGAUAUGUGUGGAUUGCGACAGAUUGGCUCAGUGCAGCCCUCGAUUCUGCCCCGCGUCUUGAUAGUGGAUUACUGAGCACAAUGCAGGGUGUUCUCACAUUGCGUCAACACACAGGAAAUACCAAUAGGAAGAAGACACUAGUUUCUCAAUGGAGUACACUUGUUAAGGAGGAUAGUGGUGGCAGCAGGUUCUUGCUCAAUUCCUAUGGCCUUUAUGCUUAUGAUACAGUCUGGAUGCUUGCUUAUGCGUUGGAUGCAUUUUUCAAUGGUGGUGGAAACAUUUCCUUCUCUCCAGACCCCAGACUGCAUGCAGUUUCAGGAGGAGCUUUGAAUUUGGAUGCAUUGACAGUCUUUGAUGGGGGAAUGCUAUUACUGGAAAGAAUUCGCAAAGUAAAUUUCAUGGGCGCAACUGGCACUGUAAAACUGGAUUCAGAUGGUAAUCUUAUCAAUCCUGCGUAUGACAUUAUAAACAUAAUAGGGUCUGGUCUGCGGACAAUUGGUUAUUGGUCCAACUACUCUGGGCUGUCCAUUGUGUCCCCUGAAACUCUUUACAAGAAACCACCCAAUGACACUAUUGAAAAUCAGAAACUACACACUGCAAUCUGGCCAGGUGAGACUAUAAAAAGGCCCCGAGGAUGGGUAUUCGCUAACAAUGGAGACGAGCUGAGAAUUGGAGUCCCCAAUAGGGUAAGUUACCGUCAAUUUGUAUCAGAUGACAAUCAGACUGGAAUGGUGGGCGGGUUAUGUAUUGAUGUGUUUGCUGCUGCAAUAAACCUGCUGCAAUACCCAGUUGCAUAUAGGUUUAUACCUUUUGGCAAUGGCCUUGAGAAUCCAAGCUAUACACAGCUUAUCAAUCAAAUUGUGACGAAUGAAUUUGAUGCUGUUGUUGGUGAUGUAGCUAUUGUCACAAAUCGGACAAGGCUUGUUGAUUUCACCCAACCAUAUGUCGGGUCCGGGCUUGUCAUACUUACCUCUGUUAAGCCGCAGGGCUCCAACGGAUGGGCUUUCCUGCAGCCGUUUACCAUCAGAAUGUGGUUGGUCACAGGAGUGUUCUUUCUGAUCGUGGGAACGGUGAUUUGGUUGCUCGAGCACAGAAUCAAUGAUGACUUCCGCGGUCCUCCAGUGAAACAGGUUAUUACUGUAUUCUGGUUCAGUUUCUCAACUCUGUUCUUUGCCCACAGAGAGGACACCAGGAGCACGCUGGGGCGUUUCGUGAUCAUCAUCUGGCUCUUCGUCGUCCUGAUCAUUCAGUCCAGCUACACUGCCAACCUGACCUCCAUCCUCACCGUGCAGCAGCUCACGUCCCCGAUCAGGGGCAUCGACAGCUUGAUCGCCAGCGACGAGCCCAUCGGGUUCCAGGUGGGCUCCUUCGCCGAGAGCUACCUCGUCCACGAGCUCGGCGUGUCCCCGUCGAGGCUCAGGAAGCUCGGCUCCCCGGACGAGUACGAGGCUGCGUUGGAGCUCGGCCCUCGCAAGGGCGGCGUCGUGGCCAUCGUCGACGAGCGCCCGUACGUCGAGCUCUUCCUGACCAACCACGACAAGUUCGCGAUCGUGGGGGCCGAGUUCACCAAGAGCGGCUGGGGCUUCGCGUUCCCGCGGGACUCGCCGCUGGCGGUGGACCUGUCGACGGCGAUCCUGGCGCUGUCUGAGAACGGCGACCUGCAGAGGAUCCACGACAAGUGGCUGUCGGUGGGGUCGUCGUCGGAGUCCGCCACCACCAACCUGCAGUCGGCCCCGCUGGAGGUGCAGAGCUUCUCGGCGCUGUUCCUCAUCUGCGGCGUGGCCUGCGCCGCCGCGCUGGCCAUCCACGCCUGCGUGCUCGUCCGCCAGUACUCCCGCCACGUCGCCUCGGCCGCCGACGGCACCGCCAUCUCCCGCUCCGGCCACCGCAGCAGCAUCCGGUCGUUCCUGUCCUUCGCCGACCACCGGGAGGCGCAGUACCAGAAGGGCCCCAAGGACCCGGCGGCGCUGGGCGCGUCCGGCUCCAGCUGCGGCGUCAGCAGCUUCACGUCGAGCAACGCCAGCAUGUCGUCGAGGUAGCUAGCCACGUCACCUCACGCCCGUCGGUUGUGCGCUACUCACGAUGGCGAUACGGAUACUACCCCAGCUAGUACAUGUACGAACGCGUAUGCCGUAGAUGGUCGUGUAGCGGCACUGAUUUUUACCGUACCCGGGUGGAUUCACGAACGGGUGGGUCCGUCCGGGGAGCGUAGUGAAUUUGGAUCUCCGUGUGCUGCUGCGGAACUGUAGAGAUGUGUGGAAGCAGCGCACAUGGGGGGGCAGGGCAGCGUCGCGGUCUUUAACAUGUCGCACAUGUUCGGGGGAUUAAUGUCGGAUCCUAGGCACGUGAUUAAGAAAGCUACCAGUGCAGAAGCGGUACAAUGCUACUGUACAUGAAUUUUUACAGUCUUGUAGCCCA